AUGGGACAAGGCACUUCAGCUCCGCAACAUCUGUCGGAGGACCAAGUGAGUCAGCUGUUUGCACAGCAAUGCUACAAGACGCUGGAACCAAUUGAGCUGUAUGGGCUGAAGGACAACUUCAAGGCGACGGUAUUACACCAAGACCACGGCGACCACGUGCGCAUGACCGACGAGGAGUUUGCGGCUCUGCUGGGGAUUCCGUCCGAGUUCAAGUCGGUCGAAAAGCUGCUCACCAACUCGGCCAAGUUCCUCGCCAACUUUCCGUUCAUGGACACGAAGCCUCGAGAGGCGGGGUACUCGUUCAACGACCUGCUCAAGAUCAUCGUCUUCUACUCGGGCCGAUACACGCAGGUGUUCAAGGAGUUUGAUCCGCUCAAGCUGCUGUUUGUGUCGCUGCUGAAGCAGUGCGACGUGGCCAAGGAGGUGACUCUGUCGGAGGAGCCCAAUCUGGAGUUUGACGGCGACUGGAAGUCGUUUGGGCCGGUCAAGCAGUUCUACGCCACCGACGUCAGCGAGCUAAAGUUCCCCCGCGACGAGUUCGUCGACUUUCUCACCUUCAUGCUCGUCCUCUACGGCUUCGAUCCGUCCAAGGGAACCGUCGCAAAACACAUCAAGACGGUCGUGAGCCAGGACAAGACAGACACAAAGACGCUGUAUGCCGAUUGUCGAAAGUCCGCCCAGUGCAUCUCCCGAGCAUGUAAUGGCGACAUUGAUCUUGUUCAAUUCAGACAUGCCUUUGACAAGGUGUGUCCCCAUCUACUGGCUCCGGUAGGUCAUCUUUUCGACCUGCUUCUCUACACAUCGGCUCACUCGGAGAAGGAAGAUAACGAACCAGUUGCUCCGCUCAAUCCUCUGGGUUCCAACAGCACCUAUCCAACCAAGCUGCUGAACCAUGCCACGGUGGCCCAAAUGGCGUCUUUCUGCCCCUUCCUCGGCAACGUGGAAAACCUGAAGACGUUGUACAUGGGCCAGAAGGAUGGUUUUGCACAGCGGUCUUUUGAAUCCGGAACUUUUGGCUGGAGAGCCCCUUCGGUGCUGCUAGUGUCUGGAUUGCGGCUCAACACAAACAACCAGUCUCUUAAACGAGCAAAUACCUUUGAUGAAAAGUACCCUCGGCUCAAGGGAGCUGUUGUUCCCGAUGAUGGUGAGAGCGAGGUGAAAUUCGGAUUCUAUCUCGACGUUCCCUGGAGAUCGUCUUCAAAGGAGACGUUUGGAUCUUCCAAAUGUUUUAUUUUCCAGCUAGCCCCCACGCAGGAUAUUUUUGUGGGUGAAACCAACCCGUCCAACCACGCUUACUUUCUCAAGCACGACCCUGGAGGACUGGCCUUUGGUUCUCCUAUCCCCAAGUCCAUUGGUCGGUUCACCGGAGUGCAGGCACCUCAAGUGGUAGGAACCGUGUCUCUCACGCUAGACGAUUCCCUGGAGUUUGGCAAGUUCCACCAUGCUGGCAAGGGCGGCUCGUACGCGCCUUCCAUCAAUCGACCUGGAGAGCUGAUGGACGAACGGUUCAAGGUGCGAAAUGUGGAGGUGUGGGGUGUUGGAAACGACACGGACCUCGAGCACCAACGAAAGCGAAUCGAGUGGGAGGAGCGAGAAGCAAGUUACAGACGGACCAUCAACAAAAACAACAUUGCAGAAGAUCGAGCGUUUCUGGAGAUGGCUGGUGUUAUUGGCGGAGCAAACCGGUCUGGUGGGUCCAUGUAG